AGACAGUUCCUCUUGUGGUGCUUAAUCAGAAGCCACAUUGGAGCAUAAAAAGUCAUUUAGAUCUCCAUAGGACGGAUUUUUGCGGACGCAGUACGACUGUACUGUUCGACUUGGAAUCGCCCAAUUGACAAACGAAUUUGGACAUGGCUUCAACCUCAGAGAAGGUCCGCCCUGUCGAAGAAGAGGCCUAUGCGCCCGAGAACUACGCUGAUGUUUUCCCUGAACUUCCCCAGGCUCCCCCCCUGGAGGUUACUCAGUGGCCAGCCAAGACCCCAGCAGCAUGGAAAACCAAUGUUCGACCAUCCAAGUGUACUCAGGUAUUCACUGUCCCUUUGGAAGAGAGAAGAUUCAAGGAAAUGAAUGAGAAUAGUUUUGGUGAUGAAGGACAAACUGAACAGGCAAAAAUCUGCAAAGAAAUCAUGGCUAAGCAUGAUGUUUCCAUUGAGAUCAGUUUGUCCAAGGAUCAGAGUUUGACAGUGGUUAUAACAGGAAGAGAACAGUUUGUGAUGAGAGCUAGAAGAGAGGUCUUAGGCAGAUUACAAACCCAGGCUAGUGACACCGUAAAAAUUCCACGAGAAUACCACCGAUUUAUCCUUGGGAAGAAUGGAAAGAAACUGCAACAACUGGAAUACGAGACUGCAACCAAGAUCACCAUUCCUAGAGCUGACGAAAAACUGGAUGGCAUUAAAAUUAUUGGACCCAAAGAAGGCAUUGAACGAGCCAGACACGAAAUUCAGAUUAUUGCUGAUGAACAGGCCAAACUAGCUUUUGAGCGACUGCAGAUUCCCCACAUCUAUCACCCAUUCAUCUGUGGACCAAACAACACUCUGGUAGACAAACUAAAGGAGGAGACAGGUGCCAAAAUCCACAUUCCUCCCUCUGUUCUCAACAAGGAUGAGAUUGUUGUAUCUGGUGAUAAGGACGGUGUCAUGCGUGCGAAAGAUACCAUCAUGAAGAUUUACCAGGAAAAGAAAAGGAAAUGCCAGACAGUGUCUGUAGAAGUGAGAAAGUCCCAGCACAAGUACAUCAUUGGUCCAAGAGGCAGUGGAAUUCAGGAAAUCUUACUUGCAACAGGAGUAUCUGUGGAGGUACCCAAUCAAGACAGCGUAGAGACCAUCACACUCAGAGGUGAACAGGACAAACUCGGACCGGCUCUUACCAUGGUUUACUCUAAAGCAAACAGUGUAGUUUUUGCGGAAGUUGAAGCACCAGCUUGGCUCCACCGCUAUGUGAUUGGAAAACAAGGUGCUAAUGUCAGAAAAAUAACCCAGGAAUUCCCAAAAGUUCACAUUGAGUUUACUGAGGGUGAGAAUAAGAUCAAGAUUGAGGGACCACCGGAAGAGGUAGAGGAUGCUGUCAAAGCAUUGGAGACCAUUGUCAGGGACUUGAAAAAGAGAAUGGACUUUGCAGAGGUGACCAUUGAUAAUAAAUUCCACAAGCACAUCAUUGGCAAAAGUGGACAAAACAUAACCAGAAUUAAGAAUGACACUGGCUGUGCCAUAAAGAUUCCAUCUGACUCUGAAAAUAGUAAUGUCAUCAGAAUAGAAGGGGAACCAAAGGGAGUGGCUCAGGCUAAACAGGAGCUUCUGGAAAUGGCCAAGAGAAUGGAAAAUGAAAAAACCAGAGACAUCAUCAUUGAACAAAGAUUCCAUAGAACCAUCAUUGGAGCCAAAGGAGAGAAAAUACGGGAAAUUAAGGACAAAUUUAACCAGGUGCAAGUGACCUUUCCAGACCCAGGAAAGAAGAGCGACAUUGUUACAUUAAGGGGUCCAAAGAAUGAUGUUGACAAGUGUUACAAAUAUCUACAGACUCUACAGCAGGAAAUGGUUCAAAGUAGUUUUCAAGCAUCAGUCCACAUCUUCAAAGAUUUCCACAAAAACAUCAUCGGGAAAGGAGGAGCAAAUAUCAGAAAGAUUAGAGAAGAAACUGACACUAAAAUUGAUUUGCCAAGUGAGAACAGUGACUCCGAUGUGAUUGUCAUCACAGGAAAGAAAGCUAAUGUUGAACAGGCUAAAGCAAAGAUUGAGGCUAUCCAAAAAGAACUGGCUAACAUCAAGGAGAUUACAGUUGACAUCCCCCACAAGUUUCAUAAUUCCAUCAUUGGAUCCAAGGGUAAGCUAAUCCGCUCCAUUAUGGAGGAGAAUGGUGGUGUUAUCAUCCGCUUCCCUCAGGAAGGCUCCACCCAAGACAAGGUUACAAUCCGUGGACCCAUCAGUGACGUGGAGAACGCCAAGGCCCAGCUUCUUGAGAUUGCCAAUGAAAAGCAAACAUCAGGAUUCACUGUAGAAGUCAAAGCCAAACCAGAGUACCACAGAUUCUUGAUUGGAAAGAAUGGCAGCAGUAUCAGAAAGGUGCGUGAAAAGACAGGUGCCAGAGUAAUCUUCCCUUCCUCAGAGGAUACUGACCAGGAAACUAUCGUCAUCAUCGGGAAAAAGGAAUCAGUAGAUGAGGCCAAGAAGGAGCUUGAGAGUCUUAUUAAGAACCUGGACAAUGUUGUGGAGGGUGAGAUGCAUGUAGAUCCCAAGCACCACAGAUACUUUGUUGCUCGCCGUGGUGAGGUCCUAAAACACAUUGGUGAUGAAUUCGGUGGGGUGACAGUCAGCUUCCCUCGAAGUGGGGUCAAAAGUGAUAAGGUGGUCAUCAAAGGCUCCAAAGACUGUGUGGAGGGGGCAAAGAGAAGGAUUCAGGAAAUUGUGGAGGAUUUGGAAUCACAAGUGUCUGUGGACUGUGUUAUCCCCCAGACGUACCACAGAACUGUCAUGGGAACCAGAGGUGCUAAUGUACAGGACAUCUGUAAGACCUAUGAUGUGGGAAUCAAAUUCCCUGACAGACCUGUCGCAAAUGGAGAGAACCACAAUAAUGGAAUGGCAAAUGGUGAUGUUGAUGAAGUAACAGCCCAGGGCUCAAAGAAGUGUGACACAAUAGUCCUUACAGGAAAACAAGAGAACUGUGAUAAAGCUAAAGAAGCUUUGUUGGCCUUGGUUCCUGUCACUGAGGAGACUGCAGUGCCAUACGACUUCCAUCGUCGUAUCAUCGGACAGCAGGGAAAGGACGUAAGGGCGAUGAUGAAGCAGUUUGAUGUGAACAUCUCCAUACCUCCCCCAGAGGAACACAGCGAUAAAGUUAAGGUCACAGGACCCCCAAACAAUGUCAAGAAUGCCAUUGAAGCUCUACAGAAGAAAUGUGAACAGCUUGAGCUUGAAAAGGAAGAAAGGAUUCUAAAGGGAUUUUCACUAACAGUGGCUGUGGACUCCCAGUACCAUCCAAAGAUUAUUGGACGCAAGGGAGAGAGAGUGAAAAAAAUCAGAGAGGAGCAUGACGUCAUCAUACAGUUCCCUCGAGAAAAUGAUGCUGAGCAGAACAGCAUCACAAUCACUGGCUAUGAAAAGAAUGCAGAGGCCGCUAAAGAAACUAUUCUCAACAUAGUCCGUGAAUAUGAGGAGAUGACUACAGUUGAAUGCAGAAUUGACCAUCGCGUUCAUCCCAGAAUUAUUGGUCAGCGAGGACGAAAUGUGAAGAAAAUCAUGGAGAUGUACAAGGUUGACAUUCGCUUCCCGAGACAAACUGACAAUGACCCUGACCUUAUCCUCAUAUCUGGAGAUGAAGAUAACUGUAUGGAUUGCAAAGAUGAGCUGCUUAACCUGGAAGAAGAAUAUUUGCAAGAUGUUAUUGACAAAGAGAUGAUGGGGCAGUAUGAAAGACCAUCUAAAUAUGAGGAGGAAAAACGCUCAAACCCUAAAUCAACUGGGUUUGUGGUGGCAGGUGCCCCCUGGGAUAGACCACCAGAUACCUCCAGCACUGAGGACUUUCCCUCUAUGGGAGCCAGCACAGUGGCACCCAAGGUCAACACAGCCUGGGGCUCCAACCGACUUGGCAAGCGCUGAGGAGCAGAGACUGCAAUGUUUGCUUAGUAAUGUUUUGGUUUCCAAACAUAUCCUAUGUUAAGAAUGCAAACAAGUUGUGUGAUACAUUAUCGGAUUAUUUUUUCAUGGUAGUUUUUUUUCACUCUCCCUCGUUAUGGAUGCAAAUUAUGUAUGUAAUUUUGGUUUGUAUUUUGUAAACAAAACUGCCACAAUCUUCAUGAUGCCUCCCUUAAAAAAAAUUUUUUCUUUAAAAUCUUUUCCCAUUAAAUAGAGCUACCUGUUGUCUUCAAUACACUUUGAGAUGCAUAGUGCUAUUAUUGAUGGCAUUAUGAUGUAUGUUAUAUCUAAAUGAAUGUUGAUGGCAUUAGCAGUAAGUAACAGCAUGGACAGCAAAUGGUAUCUCUACAUUCAACCAUCCACUGUUGUGAAAAAAGGUUGUUGGAUGGGUGAUCUAAAAACAGGUUAAUCAUAACUCUUAUGUCUCCUUGUAAAUAGUGUUAUUAAUAUAUUAUUAUGGAUAUUUACUUUUGCAUGUAGAAUUAUGAUAAAUGGAAUCUUUUGAUGUGCAUGACAGUUGUAAGGAAGACUGUACAUCAUCACAUUUAUGAUUUAGUAGAAGACACAGAUUUGCUUGGUUCAGGGCAUGCUCAACUUCAUCCUUGCUUGUUUGAUUUUACUUCAUGGAGACCAGUUGUUUUCAUUUUUUCACAAUUGGCCAACAAGUGGUCACAAUGUGCGCUAGUCAAGACACACUUCACCAGUAAGGUAAAGCUAGAGGUAAAAGUUUCCCCUGUGUUAGGCCUUGCUGGUGAAGUGAUGUUGUAAGAUCACAAAGAUAUGCAUUUUCUCUUGAUUGUUGCUACUUGAAAUUUAGUACUAGUGUCUGUAUAUGUAUAUGAUAUAUAUAUUAUGUAAAGAAUAAUAUUUUAUUAAGAAUUGCAAAUUGGUCAUUCAUGAUGAGCAGUGAUUACAUUCAUAAGCAGAUGUAAAUACCAUUGAUCUUAUCAUUAUUAUUAUUUUUCACUGUUUUUAUUUUGUUGAUGCAUGAAUUUAAAAAAAACCUUAUUGUUUUGAAGCGAUGACUAGUGAAUAUUAAGAGAUAUUUUUGGAUCCCUCGUGUACUUGAUGUAUACACUGAUUUAUAUAUGGACAGGUGCGAUAUCACGGCACCUUGUGUUCUUUACAGGGACUUACUGUACUUGUAUGUUGACCAAACUUUACAUUGAAUCAUUUGAAAUAAACUAUCAAGUGAUUAAA